AUGGCGGCAGUCGCUAAAAUCCCGAUGGAGAAGAAGGGAUAUCUCCUCGAGGAUCAGCACAAGUAUCCUCCCACCAUGAACUACCAACGUCAUGACGAGCCGAGGGUGCUCUUCAGCCGGCCCUUCCUGCAGCCGCCCACGGCCGCCGUGGACCGGUUCCUCAACCAGCUGGUGACCGAGGUCUGGGUCGACCACGGCUGUCAGCCGUCAGGACGGCACCACAUGACCAUCCGUAUUCGCGUACGCGAAUACGUAGAGGUAGAGGCCGUCCCCAUCGGCGGCGUGGUGAGCUUCCACCCGUCGGGCUGCGGCCCAGGCGGUCUCGUCGUGCCCGCCGACGGCGGCCGCCGCUACCGCUGCCAGGUGCUGGUCGUCACCACGGACCCGCGCGUGGUCCCCCAGGGCGCGUCCUACGUCGCCUGGCUGCGCGGCCGCUGCGCCCCCGAGGCCGGCACGGCCGCGUCCUUCAAGUUCUCGGCCAUGGGCAGCGCCUGGCCCAUCCGCAGCGUCCUGCACGCCCUCGCCGGCCUGCAGAUCUACCCCGUCAGGCUGCCUCUCUUCCACUCGGGCGACCUGCUUCACUUCGUUCAGGUGGCGUAUGGCCGUGGACACCGCGACCUUGUGUCGCAAUGGAUGAUCAGGCUGAUCGCGGUCGGAAUUGUCUCCGUCAACUUCGACGGCUACUGUCUCCACCAGAGUCUGCCAAGCAUCGAGGAGCUGGCCCCAUACCGCCACCUCGUCGAGACCGUUAACUGUGUCCUCCGCUGGACCGAGGAGCGCCCGCCUAACAUGUUCCCCAAGGUCCACAAGCUCUUUAUCAGGCUUGGGGGCUUCCCCAAUGGCACCCGCGUCCUCAUAGACUAUUUGAUGGUCGAGGACCCCAACCGCAAGUACUUCGAUCCCUAUGUGAUCCCAGCCCCGCCGCUGCCCAUCUAUGGCAGGGAGAUCCGGGAUGCUGCGCCCAAGCGCAGGGAGGCCGCGAGGGUUGCCGCCGAGAAGGCUGCCGCUGAGAAGGCUGCCGCCGAGAAUGCUGCCGCCGAGGAGACUGCCGCCAAGGCCAAGAAGGACAGCGACAAGGCUGCUGCGACCGAGUCCAACAACGACAAGGACGAGACAACCGCCAAGCCUGCCGUGACCAGCGAGAAGCCAGCGGCCAAGCCCAACGAUGACAAGGCCAAGGCGCCGCCGGCCAAGCCUGUUGGCAGCGGCAAGAAGUGGUACUACAAGAAGGGCAAGGCACAAUCCAAGCGCCACUAG